AUGGGAGCUGCUGCUGCAGCAGCAGCAGAAGCAGCAGAAGCAGCAGCAGCAGCAGGAGAUAGAACGGCAACAGAUACAGCUACAGCAGCAGCUCCUGCAGCACCAGGAACUGCAGCAGCAGCAACUGCUACAGCAGCAGCAACUGCUGCAGCAGCAGCAGCAGAUACAACAGCAACUGCAGCAGCAGAUGCAGCAGCAACUGCAGCAGCAGAUAUAGCAACAACAGCAGCAGCAGCAGCAGCAGCAACAGCAACAAUUGGAGGAGUGCUGCUGCAACUAGCGACACCACCAAUGCUUCAUAGACAGCAGCAGCUGCAGCAGCAGCAGCAGCAGCAGCACUACUGCUGCAGCAACUGCAGCAGCAGCAGCAAAUACACUUUGUUGUAUAUAGGAGCAGCAGCAGCAGCAGCAGCAGCAGCAACAUCUGCCGCUCCUAAUUGUCACAGCAGCUCCACAAGGCUGCGCAUUCUGCUGCAGCAGCAGCAGCAGCAGCAGCAGCAGCAGCAACUGCAGCAGCAGCUGCAGCAGCUGAUGCUGCUGCAGGGAAUAGAGGCUUCGGGAUACCCGAGACAGCCGCAGAAGAAAAAAUAG